CAGCAUCUAGAUGCCAUUGCCAACCCAAGUUCCCUCCGCCCCCAGCUGACACUACUGUUCUCUGUUAACAGCCUCAGAAUCUCAGGAAACCCACCAUCCCCUUUUCCACUUUUAAAUCCCAUAAAAUCAUCAUUUUUAUACCAGUUCUCCAUACCCACCCUUCCCAUGGUCUUCUCCUUUCCUUUCCCAAGCCUUUGAGGAGCUGUUCUUUUACUCCCAUGAAAACCCAGAGCAAAAGACGACCCCAACCACUUUCACCUGAUUCUUCACCCAAUCCCUUUGAUAUAUUAACAGAAGAGAUUGUAUGCAAAAUCCUUGACCACCUCCACAACGACCCUUUUGCCACAAAAGCCUUCUCCCUCACAUGCAAGGCCUUUUACUUCAUAGAGUCUCGACACCGGAGGAUUCUCAAGCCUCUACGCCCCGAGCUCCUCCCCAGGAUUUUUCAUCGAUACCCUUUUGUUUCCCAUCUCGAUCUCUCCAUGUGUCCGCGAGUUGACGACAACACGCUGAACGUCAUAUCCUCUACCUGGAAAGCUACUUUGCAAUCUAUUAAUCUGUCAAGAUCAAGGUUUUUCACGAAUGCCGGGUUAUCGAGCUUGUUCGUUAAUUGUUCGGGCCUGGUUGAGGUUGAUUUGUGCAACGCCACGCAGUUGACUGACUUGGCCGCAUCAGCAAUUGCAGAGGCGAAGAAUUUGGAGAGGUUGAGCUUGGCGAGGUGCAAGUCGAUAACUGAUAUGGGGAUCGGCUGUAUAGCUGUUGGGUGUAGAAAGUUGAGGUCCCUUUGCUUGAAAUGGUGCUUGCGUGUUGGUGAUUUGGGUGUGGAAUUGAUUGCUCUCAAGUGUAAACAGAUUAGGAGCUUGGAUCUCUCCUAUUUACCAAUCACAGAGAAGAGCCUCAACUCUGUUCUUCAACUCCAACAUCUUGAAGAUCUGGUUUUAGAGGGAUGCCAUGGCAUUGAUGAUGACGGCCUUUCAACACUUGAUCAAAGUUGCAAGUCACUAAAGAUGCUUAAUUUGUCAAACUGUCAAAAUGUUACUCACACGGGCUUGUCAUCUCUGAUAAAUGGUACUGAACAACUACAGCAGAUCAUAUUGGCAUAUGGCUCUUCAGUAAGUCCAAAACUCCCUAAGGUUACCUCUGAUCUGGUCAAAUGCUUGAAUGCUUAUUCAAAGCUGCAAUCAAUUAAAUUAGAUGGUUGUACUGUUACUUGGUCUGGGAUCAAAGCCAUGGCAAGUUUGAAUGCCCCAGUCAAGGAACUGAGCCUCAGUAAAUGCUUAGGACUGACAGAUGAUGGACUCUCUUUCCUUGUCCAGUCACACAAAGAUCUGAGGAAACUGGACAUCACCUGCUGUCGUAAAAUAACUUAUACCUCUAUAGACAUCAUAACAAAUUCAUGCACCUCCCUUACUUCUCUCAGGAUGGAAUCUUGUAGCUUGGUUCCAAAGGAAGCCUUCGUUUUGAUUGGAGCACGUUGCUCGUUUUUGGAAGAGCUGGAUGCCACAGAUAAUGAAAUCGAUGACGAAGGCUUGAAGUCCAUCUCGAGAUGUUCAAAACUAUCUAUUUUGAAGUUAGGGAUAUGCUCUAACAUAUCGGAUGAAGGCCUUGCAAAAGUUGGAAGUUCUUGCUCAAUGCUCAAGGAGGUUGAUUUGUACAGGUCCGUGGCAAUAAGUGAUGAGGGCAUUGCUGCCAUUGGUGAAGGUUGUCCUGCACUUGAGAUGAUCAAUAUAGCUUAUAAUGAUAAAAUUACAGAUAAUUCAUUAAUAUCAUUGUCAAAAUGUCGGUUGUUAAAAGCACUUGAGAUUCGUGGAUGCCUUGGUGUCUCAUCAAUUGGUCUAUCAGCCAUUGCUGUGGGAUGUAAGCAACUUACAGUGCUUGACAUAAAGAAGUGCUUCAAUAUUAAUGAUAAUGGAAUGCUUCCACUUGCUCAAUUUUCCCAAAAUCUGAAGCAGAUAAACUUGUCAUAUUGUUCGGUUACAGAUGUUGGGCUUGUAGCACUAGCUAGCAUCAGUCGCCUACAGAACAUGACAAUCUUGCAUUUGGCUGGUUUGACUCCAAAUGGCCUGGCAGCAGCUCUGUUGGCAUGUCGAGCAUUAACAAAAGUGAAACUCCAUGCAUCCUUUAGACCAUUACUUCCUCAAUCCAUCCUUGGAUACAUGGAAGCCCAUGGGUGUGUCUUUCACUGGAGGGACAAAGCAUUUCAGGUAUGAUUGACAGAAGGAAAUGGAUCCCAAGGGAUGGAAGCUGCACUUUGGAAGGAGCAGCAGUGAAGUUCCAUAGUUGCAGAGUUUGUUUCUUGUGUUGAUCAACAUCUUGUAUUGUCUAUUAAAUCUUCCCUUCCUGAAGGAAAAUAGGGUGAUUUGAUGUAAUUAUUUCAACUGAAUGUAGUUGGCAUCUUUGUUUGCAUUAUAACUUUGGAGUGCCAGAAAUUGGUAGAACUUGAAGAGGUUUCUGCUCGAGUUGUUUGACUGUCAGGGGUCACUCUCACACUAUCCUAAUAACAAAAUUGAAAAAUUGUAUUUAUUACAAA